GCUCCGUGGUGCUGAAACGCCACGGCGAAAACGCGAUCUUUCUUUUUGUGAGCAAAUACAUCACCUGGAUUAAAACCAUAAUAAUAUGACUUAGACCAGGGCCGGAAAUAUAAACUUGGAUAUAUUUGGAAACGUGCGUUAUAUUGGCUGAACUGCAGUGAAGCCACACACAACAAUGGAGUCUGUUGUAACAAUGCGUAAUCGUAAAAGGUACGUGCUGCUCGUUUUUCUCCUUUCUUUCGUUCGUAACAUUUUGUCUUCAGUGACUCAUUAUUCAAUACCAGAGGAGAUGAAAGAAGGAUCGGUUGUGGCAAAUCUUGCUACAGAUCUCAACCUGGACGUUAAAACACUGAAUCAGAGGAAGAUGCGUCUGGAUAUCAUCGCAAAUAAGAAAUAUCUGGACGUGAACAAAGAGACUGGGGAACUGUAUAUUGUGGAGAAGAUUGACAGGGAAAAUAUUUGCCCGACAAAGUCGUCAGCGUCUUGUUACCUCAGGCUGGAGGUGAUACUUGAAAACCCAUUAAGAAUUUUUAAUAUAGAAGUAGAAAUCUUGGAUAUGAACGACAACGCCCCACAAUUUCGACGAGACGCCAUUCAUUUAGAUAUUUCUGAAGCGACACCUAAAGGAGAAAGAUUCUCUUUGAGUAAUGCAGUUGAUCCUGAUGUUGGAAGCAACUCAGUGAAAACAUACCAUCUGAGUGAAAGUGAACAUUUUAAUAUUGAAGUUCAGACCGGAAGAGAGGGAUCGAAAUUUGCCGAUUUGAUCUUAACCAAAGCUUUAGAUCGAGAGCAGCAAGCUGUUCAUAAUUUAAUACUCACAGCUGUAGAUGGAGGCACACCUGCUCGAUCAGGCACUGCAAGUGUUAUUGUUCAUGUUUUGGACACUAAUGAUAAUGCUCCUACAUUUGACAAAGUGAAUUAUACCAUAAACGUGAUGGAGAAUUCUCCCAUUGGAAGUCUCGUUGUUCAUCUCAAUGCUACAGAUUUAGAUGAGGGGUCAAAUUCUGACAUAACAUACUCAUACAGUUUAUAUACGUCAGAGAAAACACAAGAAACAUUUCAUCUGAAUCCUUCCACUGGUGAAAUCACUGUUAAAGGAAUGUUAAAUUAUGAAGAUUUCAAAAUCUAUGAUAUGGAAGUGAUAGCCACUGAUAAAGGAGCCAAUAGUUUGUCAGGACAAUGUACAAUAAAGAUUAUUGUGGAAGACAUGAACGACAACCAUCCAGAAAUAUCUAUUAAAUCAUUUCAGAGUCCAGUCAAUGAGAACAUAGAAUUAGACACAGUGAUAGCUGUAGUUAGUGUCAGUGAUAAAGACUCAGGAGACAAUGGAGUGGUGGAUCUUCAUAUUCCAGAUAACAUGCCUUUCAAACUGAGGGAGUCCUCUGAUAACUAUUAUGAAUUAGUGGUGUCAGAGCCGUUAGACCGUGAGAAGGUCCCAGAGUAUGACGUCACGUUCACCGUCACAGACAGAGGUUCUCCUCCUUUAUCUGACAAUGAGACUAUGACGUUAGAGCUGCUGGAUGUUAAUGACAAUGUUCCACAGUUCCCUCAGUCGUUUUAUACUAUACGUGUGAUGGAGAAUAACGCACCUGGGGCCCUGCUCAGCUCACUCACUGCGUUUGACCCUGACCUCCAUGAAAACCAGUAUCUGGUUUAUUUCAUCCUGGAGAAGGAGAUAGCCAACACCUCCAUGUCCAUGCUGUUCUCCAUCAAUCCAGAGAACGGGAAUCUUUACGCCCUGAAAACUUUUGACUAUGAGAUCGAGAAGGAGUUUCUUUUCCACAUCGAGGCCAGAGACUCUGGCUCUCCUCCUCUCAGCAGCAACGUCACCGUCCACAUCAUCAUCGUGGACCAGAACGACAACGCUCCGGUCAUUGUGUCUCCGUGGCGCGCACACGGCUCUGUGGUGGAGGAAAAGAUCCCCAGAUCCACCGAUAAAGGCUCCCUGGUUGCCAAGGUGAUAGCCUUGGACACCGACUCGGUGCACAACUCUCGGAUUACCUACCAGUUUCUACAGGUGACUGACGCCACCUUGUUCAGUCUGGACCAAUACAACGGAGAGAUCCGGACUAUGAGGAUGUUCAGUUACAGAGAUCCGCGCCACCAGAGACUGGUUGUUAUCGCCAAGGACAACGGGCAGCCUGCUCUCUCUGCUACAGUCACCAUCAAGCUGUCCACCGUGGAGACUGCCGUGAAGGCCUACUCUGACCUGACUGAGGUGCCUCUAGAAUACGACAUCUUCUCAGACCUCAACCUGUAUUUGGUCAUCGGUCUGGGCUCGGUGUCUUUUCUGCUGCUCAUCACCAUAUUGGUCACCAUUGUGCUCAAGUGUCAGAAACCAAAGGCCAGCAAAGCGGCUCCUCCCUGCAGGAACAGUGUGCUCAGUGAGAGGAACUCCACCAUCGCAGACUCCACUCUGGUGUCCAACGAUGCCUACUGGUACAGUCUGUUUCUAGCAGAGACCAGGAAAGGGAAGCUGGUGGUCAGACAGCCUGUGCCAAAGGGCUCCAGAUACAUCGUGUCCAGUUUACCGAGAGGCACAGGGCUGACAGACACUAGUGACUCAGCUGCUUCUACUCUGCAGGUAAGAGUGUAGAUUGCAUUUGGUUUA